AUGGAUGUUCAACGCCAAUUUCCUAACGUGCAUUGGAUCUGGGGAGGAGGUAUCUCCUUCGUCUACGAAGUCCACCCACUUAUCGUGGUCAAGGUCCCAAAGUCUGGAGAGUAUGAAAGAAAGCAAUUCCGUAAAGAGCUCGAGAUAUAUCGAGUAUUUUCGCAAAAUCGCGCUUGCUCAACUAUUGUCCAGUGCUUUUCCUUUUCAGACAACGGCAUCUUCCUCGAGUAUAUGAGAGAUAUGUCGCUUUCUUCUAGAAUACAGAAUAAUCAUAUUCGAGAUCGGCAAACUAUGGUGGUUACAAAGGUGGAAAAGUUAGAACCUCUUCCCCUGCGAAAGGAAUGGAUGAAUGAUCUCGCCCAAGCUGUUGCGUUCUUGGAAUCACUUAACCUCGCUCAUGGUGAUUUACGACCUGAAAAUAUCCUACUUGAUCGAAACCGACUGAAGCUAUCUGACUUUGAUUGCACGGCAGAGAUUGGAUCAAAGGAGAAAGUGGGACUUUCGGCUUCUUAG